GGCGGAAGGAGGAAGCGCGGCCGUGAGGAGCGCGGCGCUCGCAGCGCCCGCCGCGCUCUCCCCGCAGGCGCCCGGGGCCGGCAGGCGCGCGGAUGAGCGGCGCCCGGUGGCGGCGGCCCGCGGACAUGGUGCAGCCCGGCGGCGGCGGCAGCGGCGGCCCGGGGCCGGUCGCGGGGUUGGGGCCGGAGCCCGGCGCGGCGGGGGAGGAGGCGGCGCCGGGCCGGGGCCCGCCGGAGCCGGGGAGCCCCGAGGGGCUGCAGCGUCUCUUGGCCGAGAACCGUGACCUCAAGGAGGCGCUGCGGCGCAGCAACGAGGCGCUGCGGCGGCGCUGCGACGACUUCCGGCGCUGGCAGGCGGCACAGCGGGACGAGCGCGACUUCCUGCUGGGCCGCUUCCGGCAGGCCCGGGCCCUGGUGGAGCGCCUGCGCGCCGAGGCCGCCCCCCGGCCCCCCCCGAGCCCCCCCGCCGCCCCCCGCCGCCGGCCCCGGGACCAGGACGGCGGUGACACCGACGCCCCCGACGCCCCCCCGGAGCCGCCCCGCGAGCUGGAGGUGCUGCAGGGCGACGGCAGGCCCCCCGCGGACCUGCUGCAGCAGCGCCUGACGGCGGCGGAGGCCGAGCAGGCGGCGCUGCGGGAGGCGCUGGAGGCGGCGCGGGCGGCGCGGGCGCAGGCGGAGGCCCGGGCGCAGGAGGCGGCGCGGCAGGCGGAGCUGCAGCUGCAGGCGCUGCGGCGGCAGCUGGAGCAGGACAAGGCCUCGGUGAAGGCGCAGGUGACCUCGCUGCUGGGGGAGCUGCAGGAGAGCCAGAGCCGCCUGGAGAGCAGCCGGCGGGAGCGGGGCGAGCUGGAGCACAGGGCGCGGGCGGCCGGGGAGCGGUGCCGGGCGCUGGAGGAGGCGGCGGCCGCCCACAGCCUGCAGCUGGACCAGCUGCGGCUGCAGGUGCAGAACCUGGAGGCCGCCCUGCGCGUGGAGCGUCAGGGGGCCACCGAGGAGAAGCGCAAGCUGGUGCAGCUGCAGGUCGCCUACCACCAGCUCUUCCAGGAGUACGACACCCACAUGAAGGCCAGCCUCGGCGACAGCAAGCGCGCCCAGCAGCUGGCGGAGGCGGUGGCGCAGCUGCAGCAGGCGGAGGAGGCGCUGGUGGCCAAGCAGGAGCUCAUCGACAAGCUCAAGGCCGAGGCGGAGCGGCACCGCGCCACGCUGGAGACCAUCCCCGUGCUGCAGGCCCAGGCGGACAUCUACAAGGCGGACUUCGAGGCGGAGCGGGCGGCGCGGGAGCAGCUGCACGCCCAGCGCGAGAGCCUGCAGGAGAGCCUGGCCCAGCUGCAGCGCCACUGCGAGAAGCUGCGCGCCGACGCCGAGGGCACCGCCUGGGCCCGCAUGGAGGAGAUGAGGAACCGGCACUCAGAGCUGCGGGCCCCGGCACCCCCGGGGGGCUACGGCGGGCUGGCGCUGGCGGCCCCCCCACGCGCCCCCCCGGAGGAGCAGCCCGACUUCUGCUGCCCCAAGUGCCAGUACAAGGCGCCCGACAUGGACACGCUGCAGAUCCACGUCAUGGACUGCAUCAAGUGAGGCCGCCCGCCCCACGGCGCUGCCCCACGGCGCUGCCCCACGGCCCCCCCCGCGGCCCCCCCCCCCCCCCCGUGCCUUCGCAUUAAACCCAGGGAGCCCCCGCGGCGCCGCCCCCCCGCAGCAGCCGGGGCGCUACGA